AUGGUUCUUAUUUCUUCAGAACUUGCCUGUGCCCUUGAGGAGCUCGUGGACGCGUGGGAUCCACAAGCAGAGUGCCAGCCCAAGUCAAGCGAGCUGACUGCUCAAUUCUGCAAAGCUUUGGGAGCUUCGGACUAUUUCUUGGACAGUGCCGACCGAAUCCAUUUCUUCAUCGAGAAGGAUGCAGAGGAUGAGGAUGGCAAGAUCAAGAAGUCUGUUUCGAAGGCUAGAUCCUUGAACAAGGUUGGCCACGGCCUUCACGUGGCAGAUCCUCUGUUUCGGGAGUACAGCCAGUCCAGCAAGGUGGCGGAGCUUGUUGCGGAGCUCGGCUGGCGUGACCCGGUGUUGCCGCAGUCCAUGUACAUCUUCAAGCAGCCGGCUACCGGAAGCGAGGUCACCUCUCAUCAGGAUUCCUCCUUCCUGUACACCACCCCCAGGCCGACCUGCAUGGGUCUGUGGCUAGCCUUGGACGAUGCCACUCUGGAAAACGGCUGCUUGUGGGCCAGGCCUGGCUCGCACAAAGAAGCUGUUCGAAGGAUCUUCGCACGUGUCUCAGAAGAUGGUGCUGGCACCUUUGAAGGUUUGUUCCACUUGGGUGUGAUACUUCUUGCCGUCAGCAGCUCUUAUGGGCAAUGA